UUUAUUUCCGGAUUAACGUAGCUCUUGAUCUCCAAUCGCGAGUGGAUUAAUUCUGGUACAAGAAACAUCAUUUCACAGGUAAUUGGUUUGAUACUCCACUCUCAGGAUGAGUCGCUUCAAGGUUUCUAAGUUCAAGAAUGCAUUCUGUGUUAAUCCAAAGAGAGAGACUUGGAUAAGUGAUGUUCGUGUUGGAUCCCCUUCAUCAUGUGGGAAUCACAUCAAAGCAAGCGGGGCAUACAUGGCAUACAAUGCUGACUCACCAAGUGGAGGCGUUUUAGGACUCUUGGAUGUUAAUUCUGUUGGUCGUCAAUCACAGAACUUGUACCUGCACCAUGCCCAUUCGUCCCUCGUCACAGAUCUAGAUUUCUCUCCUUUCAAUGAUUAUCUCCUAGCAACAUGCUCACAAGACAAAACGAUCAAAAUAUGGGAUCUUCCAGAGGGAGGGUUUGCAGAUGGUGUAUCAGGUCCUGUGUGUUCAUUCCAAGGUGGAGAGCGCAGAGUAGAGAAUGUGUUGUUCCACCCCACUGCCAGUGAUCUAUUGACUGCUUCAGUGUUUACAACAGUAAAGAUUUAUGAUUUGACCUGUGAACAGGAAGCAUUAGCUGUUGAGGUAUCAGAAGACCAACUUCAAGGCAUCAGUUGGAAGCUUGAUGGAACCCUUCUAGCAACUACCUCCAAAGAUAAGAAGAUUAGAAUAGUGGAUCCAAGAACUAACAGUGUCUCAUCGGAAACAAAUGGACAUGACAACAUUCGUGAUUCCCGUGUAUGCUGGCUUGGGGAUAGAGAUUACAUUCUAUCUACUGGCUUUAAUGAUAGUAGAGGAAGGGAAGUGAAGGUUUAUGAUACCCGUAACUUUGGAUUGUCCUGUGCCUCUAUGGAUAUGGGAACAGCAACAGGAAUCCUGAUGCCAAUGUAUGACCCAGAUACGCAACUCGUCUUCCUGGCUGGCAAGGGUGAUCAGAGGGUAGGAAUUUUUGAAUAUCUAGAAGGACAAUCAAGAAUUUCUGAAUGUUCUGUAUACAGCAGUGAUCAGCAGCAGAAGGGAAUAUGUCUGGUUCCUAAGAAAGUCUUAGAUGUGAUGUCUUGUGAGGUUGGACGGCUUCUCCAGCUCACCAAGCAAGGCAUCAUUCCUAUCAAAGUGGAAGUACCUCGAACGAGCCAUAGGAACUUUUACCCAGAACUGUUCCCAGAGACAGCAGGAGAUGAGCCAGCUCUGUCAUCCACUCAAUGGCUUGAAGGAAAGAAUGAACAAGUUGCCAAAAUCUGCCUUGAUCCAGCCAAGAGGAAGGACAAGAAACCAAAUAAACCAGCCAAUCAGCAAUCAGCUGUGCCUCCUUCAUCCAAUCAGAUACAAGCAGGGGGAGAUGCUCCAUCAACACAGAAAGAGAAUGCCAAAGCAAGUUUGUCACAGUCACCAGCUACACAACCACUACAAGCCUUUUCCAGUUCACCAUCAAGAGCAACAACAUCAUCAUCGGGUUCAGCAGCAUCCUCUACAGCGAAUGCCUCCAGUGCACCUUCAGACUCAACCAACAACACAUCACCUAAGAAGAAAUUCACCAUGGCACAGACAUCAAAGUUCAGGCAUUUACAGGGAACCCUUGGUCAGAGAAGCCAACAUAUAUACAACAUCAGGAAUGCAAGCAUCAACGUUUUUGGAGAAUGUGAUGGUUUCCAUGCCAACAAGAGAUGGGCUGCUCUUCCAUUAACUGGUAGUGGAGGCCUCAUCACUAUCAUUGAUAUCAACAAACCAGGCAAGCUUCCAGAGACAGGAGUACCUACCAUUCAAAACAGUUCCACUAUGACCGAUUUUACCUGGGAUCCAUUCAAUGACUGUAGACUGGCUGUUGCUUGUGAUGAUGCUAAGAUCCGGCUCUGGAGCUUCCCUGAGGAAGGUUUUGAAGGAACCCUAACUGAACCUGAUUUCUAUCUCAGAGGUCAUCAAGAAAGAAUCUACCUUAUAAAGUUCCAUCCGUUGGCAAGCGAUGUACUUCUAUCGGCAUCUUAUGACAUGUUGCUCAAGAUCUGGGACCUGACGACAGGAGAGGAUGUGAUUUCCUUGGAGGGACAUACUGAUCAGAUAUUCAGUGCAGCAUGGAGUCCUGAUGGAAAGAGAAUAGCCACAGUUUGCAAGGAUGGAUUCAUUAGGGUAUAUGAACCAAGGUCAUCAAAGACACCUGUUGCUCAAGGACCAGGACCAGAAGGAUCACGUGGUGCUAGAAUAUUCUGGGUCCACAACGGAGAACUUCUUGCUGUGUCUGGCUUUGAGAAGACUUCUGAGAGAUCACUGUCAGUGCAUGAUCCAAAGGAUCUCUCUAAAGCGUUAGAAACAUUAACCAUAGAUAAGAGUCCAGCCACGCUGAUACCUUACUAUGACCCAGAUACACAUGUUGUUUGGAUGACAGCCAAGGGAGAACGUUUAGUUUCAUGUGUAGAGAUUUUGAAGGAGGAACCAUACUUCUUUACACUAUCAAACUAUGCAUCACCUGAAGGACAUCAAGCCUUCUCUUUCCUUCCCAAGAUGUGUUGUGUUGUCAAAGAUGUUGAAUUCAUGAGAGCUCUCAAGCUCUCCAAGACAACCAUAGAACCAGUUCACUUUACAUUACCCAGAGUUAAGAAAGAAUACUUUCAAGAUGAUGUCUUUCCUGAUACAAAGGUGACAUGGGAACCAGUUCUUACAGGUUCUGACUGGUUCAGUGGCAAGGAUGGACAAUGUAGAACUAUCAGCCUUUGUCCUGAAGGAAUGAAAUACCUGAGCUCAAUACCCAAGGCUGGUCCAGCACCUAAGAAGUACUCCAGUGAAAAGGAGCUUACUUAUAAAACUGAUGCACAGAAGAGAGAGGAGAUCAUGGCUGCAAUGAAUGACAAGCUAUCUCUGAAGUCUGAGCCUCUACCUCAGGAUGAGUUUGAAGGUGUUGAUGAUGAUGAAUGGGAUGACUAAACUCACUUUAGACACCAACAGAAUAGAUUGAGCAGAUUAAGACAUCAUGUAGCAGCAUGUAGAUCAUACCCUUGACCUGUACUUGUGAUGUUACUGAAAUGGGAUACAUUGUGAGUGAGUCUGCAAGAAAUGUUAGUUUUUGCCCAACCUAAUACGUUUUUCACUUUUUUCCAGAGUUUAUUGCCUCUGAAAUGGAGAUUUUAUUGGGGGUGGUAUCGACAUAUGGUGUUUUUCAGUCAUUCAGAUAGCUCUCUGUUUUGGUUUAUAGCCACAUGGUCUAAAACCAAGUUAAUUUUCACUUGACUAGACCAUAUUGGUCCACUAUCAAUUUCGUUAAUAUCCAUUUUGGGCCUGUUUCCUUCUAUUUUGACUGCUUUGAUUUCUCCAUUUCAUCAAAUGACCAUUUUGUCAGCCAGCUAGACUGAGUGGUAUUAGACCAAAUGAGAACUGAUCAUAUUGGGAUUAGACCAAGUGAUUAUUCACCACUCUCUCUCUCUCACUGUUAAACUAAUUAAAUUUUCAUUGUAGGCUCCAUUUGAAAUUGAGUCACAUUCUUUGGUCAAAGACAUAUUGUACAUCAGUAUGAAGAGUGUGAUGAUCAUGUCUUAUCUGUUGAUCAUGCACAGGCACGAAUGUAAUAACUCCUUCUAAAAGAAAUAAAUGUUGCCUUUAGUGCUAUCAUACAUUAUUGCCAAGGAGACUAAAAUGACACUGUGAGUACUUGUUGUCAAUGUGUUAGAAAAUACACUUUCUUCAUUAGUGCCUUUAUAUUGAAGGCAACAAUUUCCCUUCCAAACUUUUAAAUGUGCUGGUCACAUCUCUAAACCGUUACAUUUUAAAUUUACAAAUUGACUCUUUCAUAGUAUUCUUUUGAGUUACUAUGUUUGUAUUGCUCUCCUUCAUUACCUAUAAGUGUCAAACAUACUUUUGUUGUUGUUUUAAGUGUGAGAAUUGAGUCAUGGGCAUCAUUUGUUCCAUUUAGCUAUUGCUUUAUUUUCAGAAAAAGGGUUAGAGAGCCAAUAAUAGCUGCUAUGUUGUUGAAGAGUCUGAAUAUUACUAUGCGUUUUACUUAACAUCAUUUCUUAACUGCCUUCACUUCUUGGUCAUUUAGAGUAUCAAAAAUAUAUUUUCUUAUGGUACAAUAUUUUCUAUUGCUUCUUCUUAGCAACAAAGUAGAAGCUUUACCAUAAAAUCACUGUGCUUAUUUUGCAUGCUUUGUCUGUUUUUCAUAUUGGCAUAUGAAUAAUUUUGAUAUUCUAAUCAAACUUUCACUUUCGCAUCUUGAUUUUUAGAGCCUUCAAACUUUUCUAUGCAUUUCAAUUUUUAAAAUUCAUCGUUUUAAGAUGAUACGCUCUUCUUGAUCAUUCUGAAAUGAUUUUUCGAGUCUGUUAUAUCUUCUUCUUACCAUGUAUUUGUUUAUGAAAUGGCUUUCAAGAUAAUGAUGACUGGUAUAUAUGAAAAUUCUGUAUCAUUUGUCAUGAUAUUAUUUUUACCAUUACUGUUUAUUCAUUUGAUUUAAUUUGUCUAAUGCAUAGAGAGAAUCUGUUUAAUACUAUGGUAUCUGUGAAAAGAUAUCAAAAGUGAAUUAUUUGUGAAGAGAGUUCACAUUUUUUUAAUUACUAGUUUUGAUGUUGAUAUGUUGUCAGAUAUACUCAAGUAAAUCAAUGAAAUUUGUUAAUUAUUUUACAUGUCAGCAAUUUCUUGAAUUCUUCUUGAAAUCGAAUACUUAAGUAAUAAGUAUGAAAUCAUUAAUUCAUAAUGUAAAUAUGUUUACCAUUGGUAUCAUCAACAUAUUAUUGUAUAUCUCUGCAAUAUAUUAUUAUUAAUGGUAAUAUUUUUAUUAUUUACAAUGUCAUUCAAAUUAAUAUAUAUUUCGAGAUGUGUGCAAAAUAUCCAGAUUUCAAAAUGACUUCUUAUUCCUGCUCUUUCCAUGAAUAACUGACUGUAUAAGAUCAGGGGAGAGUUUCAUGAGUCAUCUUAUCAGUGAUUUUCAGUAACAAAUUAGCUCUGAGCCAAUCAGAUGCAAGGAUUGUUUAUAGCUUAUAACAAAGAGUCUGUAAAUAUCACUGACUACUUGUUUCAUGAAAUGCUCCCCCUUAAGGGCAUUGGUUCGUGUCAGCUCUGAGUCUUGUUUGAUCCUUUUUGUCUUGUUUGCUUGUUUGGUUUUUGUCUCACCUGCAUAGCAGAGCAAGACUGUAGGCGCCGAUUUUCCGACGGCGGCGUUGUCAACAUUGAAAUCUUAACCAAGGUUAAGUUUUUGAAAUGUCGUCAUAAGUUUGAUAGUUUAUGAAUCUAGUUCAUAAAACUCGGACAUAAGGGUAAUAGUAUAACACUGAACAACCUGCCUGAGUUUCAAGUCACAUGACCAAGGUCAAAGGUCAUCUUGAGUCAACGAACUUUGCCAUCAUAACUUUGAAAGUUUAUAGAUCUAGUUCAUGAAACUUAGACAUAAGAGCAAUCAAGUAUCUAUGAACAUCCUGUGCUAGUUUCAGGUCACAUGACCAAGUGCAAAGGUCAUUUAGGAUCCACACACUUUGGUAAUGUUGGGGGUAUUUGUGGGAUUGUCAUCAUAACUUUAGAAGUCUAUGGAUCUAGUUCAUGAAACUUGGACAUAAGAGCAGCAAUGUAUCCCUAAAUACCCGGUGUGCAUAUCAGGAACAUGACCAAGAUCAAAGGUCAUUUAAAGGUCAAUGAACUCUGGCCGUGUUGGGAGUAUGUGUUGAAUUGGCAUCAUAACUUAGGAAGUUUAUGGAUCUAGCUCAUGAAACAUCGAAAUAGGAUAAUCAAGUAUGAUUGAUUGUUUUGCACAUGUCUUAGGUCACAUGAUCAUGGUCAAAGGUCAUUUUAGGUCAAUGGACAUAAUAUUUUAUUAACAUAUUAGUGUUUUCUUCUGUGAAUAAUUAUUCAUUAGCUAUUUUCAAAGGAAGAAUUGCUGCUAUAUCAAAUUGCGUAAUGCAGGCGAGACUGCCAGAGGCGUUCCACUUGUUGAUGUUAUUUAGCUGAGCACAUUUUGUAUUUUUAUGCACAUUCUCAUUCAUUUAUUUCCAUAAAAUCAUUUCCAUUUUAUGCACUUAUUUCUUUUUACUUUACACCAUGCAAUAUGUGUAAUCUUUUUAAGGUAUGUUUCUUUCCUUAAUGUUAAAUUGUAAGUGUGAGAAUUUUUUUCGACAAUGGUUUAGAAUUAGAUAGUAAUAGAUAUUUAAUUGUAUGGUAUGUUGAAUUGCAUAAUCACUUUUUCUUAUAUUUCACCCUUUCACUGAGAAAUUUGAAAAGUUAUGUAAGUUUUACAUCUCAAAAACCCAUGACAGUAAUGUGAUUCUUAUUAUCAAUUUUAAUGUUGUGAAUUUCACAUUUUAAUAAAGGAAUAUGUAAGUCUCUAAGAUUUUAACAGGAAUUUAUGGUAUGGUGAAGAUUGUUUAAUAUGCAGAGAGUGUGUAUGCUGUGAGUGUGAUGGAUUUCUAGGCCAUGUUUCAUGAAAUUGUUAUCAGUAAUCAAUGUUGGGUAGAAUUUCCUUCACAAGUGUGCUUACAGCCAAUCAAAUGACACCAUUACAGUAACUAAUAAUAAUUGCCAGUAACUUGUAACAAGUUUAAUUAAGCUUGAGCCUGUAUUGUUAAUAUAUCAGGAGGAAUCUUAGUUGUUUGAUUUUGACCAUUGAGAGUCUUUAGCAAUAACGUUCUUCUUGCCAUUCCGGAAAGGUCUUCUUUCAAAUUUUGUACAUUUGAAUCUUAUCGGGCUGCUCAAACCUGAAUGAUAUGGUUAUGUCUGAUUCGCUGCAUUCUGCCUGUAAUUGCGUUGAAUACAGUGAUAGACAUACAUCUCAUCAUUUAUGAGCUUUUGUAAACAGUAUUGUUAUUAUAAUAGUUUUUCUUGAGGCAGCCUACAAUAAUGUGAUUUUUUUGUGUGUAUCAGGGGAUAAGGGCAAGGUGAAAAAAAAAUUGAGAGGGAUAAUCCUCCAAAAGGAAAAGAAGAAUCUUCAUGGUCACUGUCUUUCCAUUUUAUAACAUUAUCCAAACAUUAGAAUCACAACAUAUAUUCAAUUUUUUUUUUUAUUGAUCUUCAUCAUUCAGGUUUGACCAGCCCAGAUUUUGAAUGUCUUCAUUCAAUAAAACUCUGAUGUACUACUGUAUGUGUUUUAGUCAAAGAUGGUGAAAGAUUAUGAAUAUCUGAUCAUAUUUCUCAAUUGCAAAAGAGUUAUAUUUUUGAAAUGUACAUGCUGUAUUUAUUAUAUAUUAUGUACAUUCAUUGUGAAUUGUUAUGUCCUUAAUGAAUCAUUCAUUGUCAAGAAUGAUGUUUUAUUUCUGUGUCUUUACAGAAAAGGGGCAGCUUGGAAAUUUUGAACAAUAAAUACUCUUCAUGCCAUUUUGA